AUGGAGUCAGGCCGGGGCAGCUUAGCCAAGAUGCUGGUGUGCCGGCUCUGGAUGACCAUCAGCAAGGCUCUGUUUGCCGAGUUCCUGGCCACGGGGCUGUACGUGUUCUUUGGCGUGGGCUCGGCUCUGAGAUGGCCCCUGGCGCUUCCCUCUGUGCUGCAGAUCGCCAUCACCUUCAACCUGGCCACAGCCGUGAUCGUGCAGAUCACCUGGAAGUCCAGCGGGGCCCACGUCAACCCUGCUGUGACGCUGGCCUUCCUCGUGGGCUCCCACAUCUCCUUGCCCCGGGCUGUGGCCUACGUGGCUGCACAGCUGGCAGGGGCCACGGCGGGAGCUGCUCUGCUUUACGGGGUCACGCCUGGGGACAUCCGAGAAAACUUUGGGGUCAAUAUGGUCCGGAGCAGUGCCUCGAUUGGCCAGGCGGUGGCGGUGGAGCUCAUCUUGACCCUCCAGCUCGUGCUCUGCGUUUUCGCCUCCACUGACAGCCGUCAGAACACGGGCUCCCCUGCAGCCACAAUUGGAGCUUCGGUGGCAGUGGGCCACCUCAUCGGGUUCUAUUUCACCGGCUGCUCCAUGAACCCAGCCCGCUCCUUUGGUUCCGCUGUCAUCGUGGGGAAGUUUGAAGUCCACUGGAUCUUCUGGGUGGGACCUUUGACGGGAGCCGUCCUGGCUUCGCUGAUCUACAACUUCAUCCUGUUCCCUGACACCAAGACCCUGGCCCAGCGACUGGCCAUCCUCACGGGCAGUGCAGAAAUGGAGAAAAUGGAAGGGGAAGAACCCCAGAAAAAAGAAAGCCAGUCCAACUCAGAGGACACUGAGAUGGAGAGUGUGUGUCAGGUGGCAUAG